AUGAGGUCUCAAAUUCCGUCAUCUAAUCACGCUCUACUUUCGUUGUUUGCCUUUUGGAACUCUUUCCUCCAUCAAGCCACAGGAGUCUCUCAAAUUCCGUCAUCUAAUCAAGCUCUACUUUUCGUUGUUUUGCCUUUUGAACUUUUUUCCCUCCAUCAAAGCCAGUAUGAGUCUCUCAAAUUCCGUCAUCUAAUCACGCUCUACUUUCGUUGUUGCCUUUGGAACUCUUUUUCCCUCCAUCAAAGCCAUUAUGAGUCUCAAAUUCUGUCAUCUAAUCCGCUUCCCCCACUCGUUUGUUUGCCUUUUGAACUCUAUUUCCUCCAUUUUGAGUCUCUCGAUUCCAUCAAAGCCAUUAUGACGCUUUUCCCUCCUCAAAUUCCGUCAUCUAAUCACGCUCUACUUUCGUUGGUGCCUUUGGUUGCCUUUCAGAACUCUCGAUUCCAUCAUCUAAUCACGCUCUGCUUUUCGUUGGUGCCUUUUGAACUCUUUCCCUCAUCCAAAGCCAUUAUGAGUCUCCUCAAAUUCCGUCAUCUAAUCACGCUCUACUUUCGUUGGUUGCUGGAACUCUUUUCCCUCCAUCAGCCAUUAUAG